AUGUACUCGAUAAUUGAAUUCAUACACUCAGGCAUCACGAAUCCUCUAUCGCACAUUCCCGGCCCGUGGUAUACCAGGUUCACAGCCAUCCCAUCAACCUACAACCGAUACGCUGCGAGGCAUCCCGUAUGGAUACACGAGUUGCACGCGAAAUAUGGCCCGAUAGUUCGAUUCUCCCCACUCCAUGUCGACGUCUGUGAUCUACCAACAUGCCAACAUAUCCACAGCGUUCAGGCAGGUUUUUACAAAACGUCUUUUUAUUCCGAUCUAGUUCCUGAUUCUUCAAACGUUUUUACCGAGACCAACCCCGAGGUUCAUGCCAAAUACAAGCGCCUCCUAGCUCAGCCGAUGUCAGAGACUGGCCUAAAGGUGUUUUACUCCCGUAUCGACGACCAUUCGCGACUCGCGAUUGAAGGCAUGCGCAACGAGUGCAGAACUCGCGGUGCAGCCGAUAUUGCCAAAUGGUUCACGUUGUUCUCGUAUGAUUGCAUUGGCGACUUGGUGUUUGGUCAAUCGUUUGAAACCCUAAAAACAGGCAAGAUGAGUCAGUCCGUGCAGGAUUUUGCUAUGAUGGGAUACGUCAGCAACCUCCGAAUCACGUUUCCGUUCCUAUCGCGACUUGCGAAAUACCUGCCAAUCCCGGUGUUCAGAGACGCUCGUGCACUUCAACAUCGAACUGUCGACUACGCUCAACAGUCGUUAGAUCGUUAUGCUGAACGCAGAAAGGAAACAAGCGUCGAAUCCUAUCCAACUUUGUUCUCGAGCUUAUACACAUCUGGAGACGGGAAGAUGUUGACGCCAAUCCAGAUGCGCGACAACGCCCAGGUAUAUAUCGUCGGAGGUACUGACACUACUGCCACUACCUUGGUGUACCUUGUUUGGUCUGUGUGUAAGAGCCCACAGAUCAGAUCCAGACUAUUGGAGGAGUUGGGCACUCUUCCAGAUGACUACACCUAUGGCAACCAACUCAAGGACUUGACCUAUUUGAACUGGAUUAUACAAGAGACUCUCAGGCUCUUUUCGGCCCUUCCUGCUGGACUUCCUCGCCUGGUCCCUGCAGGCGGUCAGGAACUAGCUGGUCAUUUCGUCCCGCAGGGGAUUACCGUGACGACACAAGCAUAUAGUCUACAUCGCGAUGAGAAAGCCUUUCCCGAUCCGGAUCGUUUCCAUCCUGAGAGAUGGCAACAUCCCACACAACGGAUGAAAGAAUGUUUACUAGCCUUUGGUGGAGGGGCUAGAUCCUGUUCUGGACGGAACCUAGCGAUGAUUGAGCUCCGACUGAUGGCAUCGAGAUUUUUCAAGGCGUUUCCAGAAGCUCUGGCAUCCGAAACCGAGGGUAUGUCCGACGAGGACAUGGAUCCAGCGUUGUAUUUCCUGAUGAUGCCAAGCGGCCAUCGUUGCUUAAUGAAUUUAUCUGAAAGAAAUGCACCUACAACGUCAGGUUAG